AUGGUCGGCCUCGAUACGAGCACAGCGGUGCCCUUCCCGACGCCAGAUACGCUCGUGCAGGAUCUGCUCGGCUUCCAGCACUGCCUCGACCCUCUCUACCGCGCCUUUGGCCCGUAUGCGAUCCGGUUGUCCGAGGUCUUUUACGAGUCGACCCACUCGGUCGCGCUCGUGAACCUCAAGCCGAUCGUGCCAGGCCACGUCCUCGUCAUUCCAAAGCGCCGCAUCGAUCGCUUCACCAACCUUGACGCGGAUGAAGUCGCCGACUUGUGGCAGUCGGCGCAGGUCGGUCGGCCUCCCCGACCACUCCUCCAAUGCAUCCACUACAACGCGCCGGCCUUUACGUUUUCGAUGCAGGAUGGCGCGGCCGCCGGUCAAACCGUGCCCCACGUGCAUGUGCACGUGCUGCCACGCACGCCCGGCGACUUUAAGAAGAACGAUGACAUCUACGACGAGCUGGAAAGAAACGACCAGCGGCGCACCAUGGACCUCGACGAAGACCGGCCGCCUCGCACGCUCGAUGCCAUGGCCGCCGAAGCCGCCCUCUUGCGACAGCGUUGCCGUCACUAGAGGAGGAAGGACGUCAGCAGUUUGGCGGCUGCCGCAUCCAACGACGGCAAGGCGCAAAACGGCACGUGUACGACGGACGCAAACCCUUCGUCG